AGAAGCCGUUCCAAGUUUAUAUCUUCAUUCUCCAUACUCCUUCCCGCUCAUUGCUCCAUUCUCCAUCGUCCCUCCUCCACACUUUUAUCUUUAGUCCACGUCCACUAGCUUCGAGUGUUUUAGCUUUAUCCACUCUUUGUUUCCUCGACACGUUUCGUUUCUUGAUUUCCUCUAGAACUUAGUGUUCUUUUUAUUCUUUCAUCGACCUAAUCUCUCAUCACCCAUCCUAGACCCGUCACCAUGGGUUCCGAAUAUAUUCCACCAGUCCGUCUCGCCAUCCUCGAGGCUGACACUCCUGUCCCUGGUGUCAAGGCCAAGUUUGGCUCUUAUGGCGGAGUCUUCACACACUUAUUCGAACGGGCAUGCGCAUCGCUGAACCCUCCGCAACCGUUCUCGUCCUUGCUAGAACUGUCAUACCAUGAUGUCGUCAAUGACCUCAAUUCGUACCCAGACCCCAAGACGAUCGAUGCUAUCCUCAUCAGUGGAUCUAAGCACUCUGCUUAUGAGGACGACGAAUGGAUCGUUCGGUUAGUAGAGUACACCCGACAAUGUCUCGAGGGUGGCCGUGUUCGCGUAGUUGGCAUCUGUUUCGGCCACCAGAUUGUCGGCCGUGCCAUGGGAGCCGAAGUCGGCAAGAAUGUUCUGGGCUGGGAGUUGAGUGUUACUGAGCAUGAGCUCACUAACGAAGGCAAGAAGCUAUUCGGGAUAGAAAAGCUGGCUAUUCACCAGAUGCACCGUGAUAUAGUGUUCUCGCUACCACCCGGUGCCGUGCAGCUUGCCCGCACGGAUGUUUGUCCUGUGCAAGCAAUAUACGUGCCGAAACGGGUAAUUACGGUACAAGGACACCCCGAAUUCACUGGCGACAUGGUACGCGAGAUCCUUGAGAUGCGUCGGUAUGGCGGCAUCCUCAGCGAAGACGUUUUCGAGGACGGUAUGCGCCGUGUUAACAACAAGCAUGACGGCGUUGCUGUCGCUCGGGCAUUUUUGCGAUUUUUGCGUGAGUAUUGAAGAAAUACACGAAAGUGCGGAGAUAGAGAGACAGGGGAGACUGAUAUCCACCACACGACAACAUUAUCUCGUAAAACGGCAGGGAGGAAUGUCCUGGAUACGACCACUGUCGUAUAGGGCUGUUUUGUGUUACUCGGUC